AUGCCUCGACAAUCGCAUCGCAGCCGUCUCGGCCUCCACCUCGGCAAGAGACUUCCCACUGCCAUUGCUUUGCCGGAACCUGCCUCCAUCAAGAACCUCGUCGACAAGCCUCUCUCGGGACUCUCAGCAUACUUCAAACGCGAUGAUUGCAGCGGCUCCAAUAGCUCCAGUCCUGGCUGCCAGAAACCAACCGACAGCAGCAAUGUCACUCUACCCGUCGUCCUCGCCGUUGUAAUCCCUAUUGCAGUGGCUAUUCUCAUCUUCAUCUACCUUCAUCGGAAACAUGUCAAAAAGCUGCGCCGCGAAGACGCCAACGACCCACAUAGAUCUCUGGACUUCGGCUGGGACCCAGCUAGCGUUGCGCGUGCCAAUACCAAGAAAGGCAAGAAGAACAAACCCGAAAUGGUCGCCACGGAUCCUGGUGCAGAGAAAACCUUACGCCGUGAGCGUGGCAUGUCAAUGGAUGUGGACAUCAGCAGCCCGUACUUGUUGCCCCCUGGUCUCGGCGGCUCCCGCGAGUCAUUGCAUUCUAUGUCACGUACCAUGCACAGCCAAGACGAUCGGUACAGGCCUGCGACCACUUACAUCCCGGGCGACACUACCUCGGUUCACUCCUCCAGGACUGGACGGAAAGGUGCCGACGACUCAUCAAGCUAUGCUGGUUCCGCCUCAACCAGGCGUGGCCCUGGCGAUGACAUGAAGAAGGACCUUCUCGGAAAUGCGCAAAGGAUGUCGAGGUCCAUGCCACCCGUCAGUCGAUCUCCGGCUCCCCAAAUCCAGGUGCCAGAAGCAGCAAAGCAACCCCCUCGCAAAGCAUCACCUUCGGGCCCUCAGAGCGCAGGCGUUGCCCCUAAAUUCCCCCUGCUCGAUACUCCACGAGAUUCGUACAUAGAUAAAAAUGGUGCGGAUCUUCGGAAGAGCAACAAUUAUCUCGGUGCUUUCAUCCAUAGCAGAGACCCCUCCACGGAUGUCCUUACCCGAGACUUUGCAUCUCCAAAAAGUGAAUAUGCGACUCCCAAUGAAUUCCCUUCGACUCCCUCGUCCACGAUCCAGCAGAUUGCUCCUUCUACUUCACUCCAACAGCCUGGCCCCUCUUCGAUUUUGCAGAAAACUUCUGGUCGAAAGAGCCCUCCGCCAAACGUCAGUACAGAACCUCCCACGUCGCGGUCGUCGCCACCAAAUAUCACAGAGAUUCCCUCCACAAGAAGCUCCCUGUCGAGACCACCAAGAAAGCAAUCUCUGCGUUCCUCUACAGAGCGAGGUCAUUACGAGAACUUUCUGGACGAUGCAAGCGAUUAUGGUGACGGCUCUCAAGUGGUGCCCCCAUCGCUGCGCAGUUCGCAGGCCUCGCAGCACGAAUUAAACCGUCAAUCGAGUCAAGCUUAUAUGCCUCCUAUCCAUGAACACAGUCUUGGCGUCGAAGAAGGACACCGUCCAGGCUUCGAUCCCCGCAGAUCAUCCAUGGGCUUUCGACCUCUCCCACCGGAUGAUCCCACAGAUAACCCUGAACAACGGGCGAACCGAAUCAGAUCUUUCUACAAGGAAUACUUCGAUGAUUCCCGACCAGGGCCAAAGCGCGCUGCGGGAGACUACUAUGAGGACUAUGACCAACAGUAUCUUGGCGAUGGAGCUAUCUUCGAUCCGGUGUCUGGCCGAGCUCAACCUCUGUAUGCCGCACCAAAUGAUCAACCUCGCGGUCGACCGUAUGCCGAGCCAUAUGGUCGACGAGCGAUGACACCGCCACCACGUGCACCGCCAGGGUACGGACGCCGACAUGCUGCUACAAUGUCUGGUAGCAGUAAAACGAUGCCUCCAAGGUCCCGAGCUCAUUCGUCUCACUCUGGUCGCUUCGGGCCCUCUGGCCGUGGCACUCCACAGAAACAGAUUCCCCCACCACAGCCGUUGAACGUUCUCCCGUCUCCUCAUCUUCUGAAAGAAGACACCUUCCUACCAAUGGACUUUGCACCUCCCACUACCGCUAGAGAGCGUCAAGCUGGUCGUUCAGGAAGCCCGCGUGGAGGAUUGAGGCCAUACUCGCCAAUCGUUCCAGCCCACAUGCCCCUCGUCUCCUCAUUCGAUGACCUCGCCCCAAUGCCUAGCCCUCAUCUUCUCCGCAAUUCUGGCACCUUCACCGCGCUCGACUUCGCCCCACCUCCUCGCUUUAGGAACAACGAGACCGCCUCCGACUCCGGCUCCAUCCGCAGCAACCAUAGCGGUGUAUCGGCACGGACAAACCAGAGCAUACGCGCUGGUGCAUAUCGUGUCAGUCGCAUACCAAAGGAGUUUGUGGGUACGAAAGAGGAUCUCAACGAAGCUCUGAAGCCGCAAUGGAACAUGCAUGCAUCAUAG